AUGCUGGAGACGGAGGAGUUGGCGUCGCGGCGGUUGGACAUCCAGAACAAGCGCUUCUACCUGGACGUCAAGCAGAACGCCAGGGGCCGCUUCCUGAAGAUCGCCGAGGUGGGCUCCGGGGGCCACAAGAGCCGCCUCACCGUCUCCAUGGCCGUGGCCGCCGAGAUGCGCGACGCCCUGGGCGACUUCAUCGAGCACUACGCGCAGCUCGGGCCCAGCAGCUCAGGGGGGAGCGGCGGCGGAGAGGAGAGGCGGAGACCCCAACAACACCCACAGCAGCCCCAGCAGCAGGGCCCGGGGACAGGGAGGCCGGAGGAGCCGGGGGCUCAGCAGCAGCAGCAGCAGCAGCAGCGGGUGCUGAAGAGCGAGUACCUGGUGCGGGAGAACCGCAAGUACUACCUGGAUCUGAAGGAGAACCAGCGCGGCCGCUUCCUGCGCAUCCGCCAGACACUGAGCCGCGGGCCGGGCUGGGGCUACUCGGGACAGGGACAGACCAUCGCGCUGCCCGCCCAGGGCCUGAUCGAGUUCCGGGACGCGCUGGCCAAGCUGGUGGAGGAUUACGGCGGAGGAGCGUCGGCGGCCUCUGCAGCCUCGGGCUCCGGUGGUGACGAGGCCGGGGCGGGGGUGGGGGGAGCCGCCGCCGCCGCCGGCCCCGAGGAGCUGCCCGAGGGUAUCUCGGUGCCGGUGGACAACAAGCGCUUCUUCUUCGACGUGGGCUCCAACCGCUACGGCGUGUUCCUGCGGGUGAGCGAGGUCAAGCCCUCGUACCGACACUCCAUCACUGUGCCCUGCAAGGCCUGGGCCCGCUUCGGGGACCAUUUCCUCCGGUACGCCGAGGAGAUGAGGGGCAUCCAGGAGAGGCGCCGCGACCGCAGGGCAGAGCUGAGCCGCCAGCCCGCCGCCCCCGAGAGCGAGGAGGAGGAGGAGGAGGAAGAUUGA